GAAAAUGUCAAAUGGCACUUGUGAUUACUGUUUAGUCACUCUCCUAAAAAAGAAAAAAAAAGCACCUGUUGUUUUUCGGACACAAUCAAAACUAUGGGCAUUCAUUGAGUUCGAAAGCCAGACGUUUUCUCAAAUUUGUUUUUUUUUGCCUUUUUUUCUUAUUAUUUAUUUUCAGAAGCACCGCUGUAUAUAAGUUCGCCUGUUCUUCUACAUUCUUUCACUUUCCUCAUUCCCAUUUUCUGUUUCUGUAUUUUGCUGUUACCAUUUCGGUUUUAUAACCAUCUGUUUGAGAGAGCAAACAAAAAGUUUCCAUUUUUUUAACCCAUCGGUUAUUUUCACCGAAAAUACAGAGAAAAUGGCACUUAAAAUGAGCUUCCUUCAUCACAAGAUCCCAGCUCUUCCUGGCUCCGAGCUCAGAUCUCACAGAGUUUCAAUGGCUUCAACUCUUCACUCUCCGUCAGUAGAUGUCAAAAAAGCCAAAAAACUGUUCACUCCUCCUCGUGAGGUCCACGAACAGGUGACCCAUUCAAUGCCUCCCGAAAAACGGGAGAUCUUUGACUCCCUUCAAAACUGGGCCGAAAAUAACAUCCUUAUCCACCUCAAGCCCGUCGAAAAAUGCUGGCAGCCCACAGACUUUCUCCCAGAUUCUUCCUCAGACGGGUUUUACGAUCAGGUCAAAGAAGUGAGGGAGAGGUCAAAGGAAAUUCCGGACGACUAUUUUGUGGUAUUGGUUGGGGACAUGAUUACUGAGGAAGCACUCCCAACAUAUCAGACAAUGAUAAACACUUUGGAUAGUGUUAGAGACGAGACAGGUGCCAGCUCAAGCCCAUGGGCUGUUUGGACAAGGGCUUGGACUGCCGAGGAGAAUAGGCACGGUGAUCUUCUUAACAAGUAUCUUUAUCUCUCUGGACGUGUUGAUAUGAAGCAAAUCGAGAAGACAAUUCAAUAUUUGAUUGGUUCGGGGAUGGAUCCUCGGACAGAGAACAACCCGUACCUCGGAUUCAUCUACACUUCAUUUCAGGAAAGGGCAACUUUCAUUUCUCAUGGAAACACAGCUCGUCUGGCUAAAGAACUCGGGGACCUUAAACUGGCUCAGAUAUGCGGGACCAUAGCCUCGGAUGAAAAACGGCAUGAAACGGCCUACACCAAGAUUAUCGAGAAGCUCUUUGAAAUCGAUCCUGAUGGCACGGUUUUGUGCCUUGAGGACAUGAUGAGGAAGAAAAUCACGAUGCCAGCUCAUCUGAUGUACGAUGGCAAGGAUGAUAACUUGUUCGAGCAUUUCUCGGCUGUGGCCCAGCGGCUUGGAGUCUACACGGCCAAGGACUAUGCCGAUAUCUUGGAAUUCCUGGUGGCCAGAUGGGAGGUUGACAAGUUGAUGGGUCUUUCAGGUGAGGGGCGUAAAGCGCAAGACUAUGUGUGUAAUUUGCCGGCGAGAAUCAGAAAGCUGGGGGAGAGAGCUCAUGCGAGGGCAAAGCAAGUACCACCUGUGCCUGUAAGCUGGGUGUUCGGUAGAGAAAUUAAGCUUUGAGUAGAAAAAAAAAUAACUACUUUUAGGUCAAUUGUGGGCACCAAACAUCGCAAGUUUAGUAAGUUUGCCAUGUUGUCUUUCACUAGGAUGUAAAAUUCCGGUGGGUCGCUCCUUUUAGUUUUCUUUGUUCUUUCAUGUAUUUCAGAAAUCCUUAGAAGGUGUGUUUUUGGUGCAGUAUCAUGGUGAAAUUGAAUAAAUGCCCUCUGUGCUCUAAGAUUUAAACAAAAAACUGUGUGAUAUGGUCAAAAUUCAGAAUCUGUUUUGAUAUUUGUAAGAAAUGAUUUGGAAAACACAAGAAAUUCUUGUGUGAAUUGUUAGUCUCGGGUUGAUUAGUCCUACUUUUUUAACAAAAAAUUAUAAAAGUAUGAUUACGUAGCUGGCUUACCUGCAACAUGAAAUAGAGAGGGACAAUCUUGGUUUGUAGGAAAAAAUGUGGGUUGGGAGUUGGACGAAGAUGGCCACGCGAGCUUGAGCUUCUCUGUUGGGAGUUUGUCAGAGUAGGUCGCUCGCUGUUGUUUUUCACCGAAAUCGUCACGAAAUAUCUGAAGGUGCAAGAAGAAAUGAUAAAAAAGAAAGAAAGAAUUUGAUAAAAAAAAAUUGCUAAACUUUUGUGAUGGUGACGGUGAUGUUAACAAGCUCAUUUUCUGCAUUUUUUGGGGAAAGAUUUUGUACUAAUGAAGACUGCCUAAUGGCACGGGGUGGUGUUGCUGCUAGGCUGAAGAUGAACUUCAUCUCACUCUUACCCCGACUAGGGGGAUCCUUCAUUCAGAAUUAGACUCCAAAAAGUAUAUUUCGACCAAUUUUCCAUUCGGCAUCUUUUGGAUUGAGAAAGUGGCGAUU